AUGGACGAAGUCACCUUUAAAAGUGACACUGUUCUGUCUGAUGUGCACCUGCUGUUGCCAAACUCUUCCCAUCUCAUGAAGAGACUCAAUGGUGUUGGACAACCAGUCUUCAUUUCCAAGUUCAGGAUUCUGCAGAAUUGCGAUGAGAAGGAUUCAAGCGUGGGUUCUCCCAUCCAUGAGCAUGAGCGUGAGGGAGCCGAUGUCUCAGAUGUUCCUCGGGAUGAAGAUGGAGAUCUAGAUGUGGUGAGAAGGCCUAGAAAUGGCACCUGCCACAGGGAUGCGGUGUGUCCUGUUAUUCUCAGCCAAUCCGCCACGACACUGAGUGACCAAGAUGAAGAUUCGGAGGAGGGGGACGAGCACACCAUGGCGACGCCUCUGGAGGAUGUUGGGAAACAGAUCUGGCGUGGUGCUUUCCUAUUGGCCGAUUUCAUCCUGUCACAAGUGAACCUGUUCAAAGGAGCAACUGUCCUUGAGCUUGGAGCAGGAACAGGAUUGACUAGCAUUGUCACGGCAAUGGCGGCCAAAACAGUGUACUGCACAGAUGUUGGUGUGGACCUCCUGAGCAUGUGCCAGAGAAAUGUGAAUUUGAACAAGCAGCACUUUGAACCCCAAGAUCCAGACUCAGAGUUCUGCUGGACUGAGGCAGAGAUAGCAGACCUGCAUGACAAUACGGCUUUUGUGAUCGCAGCAGAUGUGUGUUAUGAUGAUGAUCUUACGGACGGCCUGUUUAGAACGCUAUACAGAAUUACCAGCAACUUACGGUGUCCCAGCAUAACCUACCUCUCCCUAGAAAAGAGACUGAACUUCACACUGCGACACAUGGAUGUGUCUUGUGAGGCAUAUGAUCACUUCCGUCACUGCCUAGACCAGUUAGAGCAGAUGACAGAUGGAAAGAAUACAUUUACGGUGGAAGCGGUGAAGAGCUCUUUCCCUCAGUUCUUUCAGUAUGAGAGAGUGGAACAGCUGGAACUGUGGAAGGUGACUGCUGAACGACUUUAA